AGUAUCUGCAUAUCAAGGGAAGCAGGAGACAGGUCUAAAGAGACUGACUACCGCAAUCUUGCCGGAGGGAGCCAGAAAACCUUCUCACCCUUCCCCCGCCUAAAACCCAAGAAAUGCGCCUCGGAGAGACUUGCUGAUAUCUCGGUAUUUCCCUCCCAGGCAGACUUCAUGCAAAACAUAUAUAUAUAUAUACACACACACAUGAGAGACAGAGGAGAGGGAGAGACAGAGACAGAGAGACGGGGGAGGGGGAGGAGAGGGGGGAAAGACUGAGAGGCAGAGAGAGUGUGUGUUUGUGUAAGGCUGCAUCUGGCUGGGUGGACCGUAGGAGUGAGCUCCAGGUGGGCGGGACUCUCCGCCGAGUAGUUGUCCGCCAGCCACCGCCCCCUCCUCGCAGUUUACCUGCAGCCCCACUCUCCGCCAGCUCACAGGGGUUUGACUCAUCUGCCAUGGAGGGGUGGGGGCAGAAACCGAGAGCAGGAGGGAGAGGAGGCGGCCGGCCCGGCCCUUCCCCCAGUGCCAAGAAGGAGGAGCCCAAAGGGUUCAGGUGAAACCGCGCACGCACGACCCAGCCUGGGCACCUUCGCCGGCCUGGACAGAGAGCCGGGCGGACGGGCUAAGUCUAGCCUACAUCUACGGAGUACACCCCCAGCCCCGGCCCCGUGUAACCCCUCACCUCUCUCUAGCGGAUGGAGGGCGGCGGGCCUGCCCCCGGGAGCAGGUGACACACUUGGGCGGCGAGCAGGAGGAAGAUGGCCCAGGAGCUGAGCCAGGAGGAGCUACUGGACUUCCUGUGCCAGGCUGGGGGCCGGGUCACCAACGCCGCCCUACUGGGCCACUUCAAGCACUUCCUUCGAGACCCCAGUGCGGCUCCCGGCCAGCUGCAGCAACGCCGCGAGCUCUUCAAGAGCUUCGUCAACUCCGUGGCCGCCGUGCGCCAGGACCCCGACGGCACCAAGUUCGUGGUGCUCAAGAAAAGGUACCGGGACCUCGUGGGGGAGGAGGGGUUGCGCGGCCACCGCGGCUCCCAGCUGGCCAAAGCGCCGCCUCAGCCGCAAACGCCACGACCCCCGCGUGCUCCGACUGCCUUCCCCGGCAGUCUGCGGCCGGCGCCGCGUCUGCGACAGCAGUCCCAGCCCCAGCAGCAACAGCCCCAAACCCAGACUGAACCCCAGCCUCGUCUCCAACCCCAACCUCAGCCUCAUCUGUACCAGCCCCGGCCCCAAGAGUAUCAGCAACAGCCCCAGCCCCAAGAGCAGCAGCCCCAGCGGGCCAGGAGGCAGCCGAGGGAGAAAGAACCAGAGACUGUGCCGGCAGGUGCCAGAGCUGCAGCCCCAGAAACAGAGUACAAUGGACUGUGGCCGAGGGCCGCGGAUGCCCCAGGGUCCGCUGAAGUCGGGAGAGGGGGAGGCGGCAGUUGCAGUCCGAGGAGGUUGGGGGAGGCAGCCUCUCCCAAAGGCCUUGUACCCCAGACUAGGGUGCGCUGCACGGCGGCUGGGACUCAAGGUGGCAGCUGCUGGGAAUGUGCCCAGGAUAGUCCCUGGGUUGGCUCAACGGAGCCACUCCUCUCUCAUUUGGAAGAACAGCAGGCCCUGGAAGCCAGCUCUGGGCAACCACUUGAAGGCAUUCCGAAUUCUAGCUCCAGCUUGUCCUUCCAGCCCUCUCCAGUGGCCACUGCCCUGCUUCCUCCUCAGGAAACCUGCAGGGCAUCCGUGACUAGCCCCUCCUUGGCAUCCCCACUUGUUUUCCCUGAGGAUGGGGCUGGACUAUUGACCCGAAGUGGACCACAUUCCUAUGUAGCCCAGCAGCAGCUACGCACUCGGGAGUGGGUGGCCAACCACUCCCAGCCCUCCCCAGGCAGUGUUGCAGAAAAGACACACCAAGGUCCCAGCCGGUCUUGGUGUGUGCUACCUGAGAACUUCCCCCAACAGCCCAACAACUGGGGCCACCUUGCCUCAGAGAGGUUGCCACCUCCUCUCCCUGCUUCCUCUCUUCAAUUAUCUGCUGGGUCUUCCAUCUUUCGGAGCAUCCGCUGUCAACUGGACCUCCAGAAUCUAGAGAACUUUGUGGAAGAGGAUAGCCAUGACAGUGAGGAGAGUACCAGUGGCCCAAGGGAAUCUCCAGGGGAGCUAGAGGACACCCCAAAGGUUUCCUUAGAAAAUGGAGACCAGGAAAAUCCUAGGACCCAAGCUGGGCAUUUUAUCCAAUCUCAACAGGAAAAUCUUUUUCUCAACAAAUCCCAGGGACUCAUAUUUCAAAAUGGUCACUCCCUUCAACACAUCCCAGGAAGAGUUAAUGGUCCUCUUGUUAUUUCAACCAAAACAUCCAGAGAGUCCUUUAGCCAGUCUCAAGACUCCAUGCCCUGGCCAAUUCCCAGGCUAAAGAGAUCUCUGAGGAGAAGUUCCAGGGCUGGGAGGGACAAAAUCUCCUCUUCCGAUGAGGAGUUGCUAGAUGAGGACUUGGUAAAGAGGAACCGUAGACCACCCAGAUCCAGAAAGAUGUCUAGGGUGGGAACAGUGCCCUGUCCAAAGGUAGAUGCCCCUUUGGCCCUGAAGCCAACAAACAUCAAGGCUUCAUCUGAGCAAAGACUAGCAGAUAGCAUUUGGGUUCCCCCUGGGAAUGUGUCUUCUGUCUUAGUUUCACUCAGACCUUCUGUACAUAAGUCCUCCUUAGUGCCCCUUGACUCCAGAGAACAUGAAUGGAUUGUGAGAUUAGCCAGUGGCUCCUGGGUACAGGCAUUGACUCUGUUUUGGGAGGAUCCCCAGCUGGCUCUUCGAAAAGACUUUUUGACUGGGUAUACUGCAUUGCACUGGAUUGCCAAACAUGGAGAUCUCCAGGCCCUUCAGGAUUUGGUCAAAGGGGCCCAAAAGACAGGGAUCAUCCUUGACAUGAAUGUGAGGUCCAGCUGUGGGUAUACCCCACUGCACCUUGCUGCCAUCCAUGGGCAUCAGGGAAUCAUCAAACUUCUGGUGCAGAGACUAGAGUCAUCAGUGAAUGUUCGGGAUAGCAGCGGGAAAAAGCCUUGGCAGUAUUUGACUAGCAGUACCACUGGGGAGAUAUGGCAGCUUCUUGGAGCCCCUAAGGGGAAGCCCAUUUUCCCAGUUUAUUCCUUGGUUAGUUCUUCCCCCUCCAGGAAGGCCAAGAGCCACGAUGUAUCAAGGAACAUAAGCAGAAAGACUUCCUUUGCUGCAUUACUCAAAAGCCAGCACAGCAGAUGGAAAAUGGCCCACCAAUAUGACAAAUUCCGCUCAUCAGGGGAGAGAGAAGAUUAUAGUGACUGAUCUAGAGUUACACUGUCAAAAAACUCCAUCCUCUUGCCUAGAGCAGAGGAAUCACCCCUGACUUUAAGGUGUCAGAAGGUGAAUUGCUGGAAAAUUGGGUAAGUCAGUAAGGAGAAUUAGUGUAUUUAGAGGGCACAUCUCCCUAGAUUUGUGUUAGUAGCUUUGCCUGCAGUUGUCUAGUCUUGGAGGCCCUGCUUUCUUAACCUGGUGAAUGGGAGACAUUGGACCAAGGUGGAAGUGUGGAAAAACUCAAGACAGACAAUGCUUUGUUGCUACUGGUCUAAGUAUCAGACUCUUGAAUACAUACUUCAACAGAAAAAUUAAUUAUCCAGAAGGCACCUGGAGCUCCAAGACUUUCACUAUGGCUCAGCAAAUUUUUGUUUAGUUCUACACCCUCUCCCAAUUAUUCGUUACAAUAAAUCUUUCCCAAGGGUUAUGGGGGCACAGAAAAUACCAUAUUUCAAAAAUCAGUGCUGGUCUUCAUUUUGUGUAAUGCAAUAAAAUCCAGCCUAAGAGGAAGAGGAAAAUCCAGCCUAAGAGGAAAAGAGGAAGUAGGUUUGAAAUGCCUCCAUCUUCAACCCCUAGUAUUUUAUUUUCUCUGCAAUUCCAGGUGGUAGAUAUAAGAAGAGAUUAGUGACUCUUUGGAGAAUUUUUUCUCUAAACAUUUUUGCAUCAUGUAUCCCCAUUGGCAGUGUGAUUAAGCCUUUGGACUCUUUAGAAUGAUGUUUUUAAAUAAUUGAAGGAAAUGCUGACUUUUAGUUAGAGGUUAGUUUAAAAGUGUUCUUCCUGACUCCCCGAAAAACACAAACCUCCCUUGAGGGUUCAUGGAUUCUUGCCCCCUUUCCAGGGUAAGCAGGAAAGAUGGCUGAUUUAAGUAGUUGGAAGAGACCUAAUGAUCUCCUACCCCAAAGUGCCCCCCAAAAUGUAUCAGAUUUGAAUGGCCUGCCUUAGAGUUCCUGAUUACAGUGGGUACUGAAUGAAUGAGAGUUAAGGAAGAAUGUUGCCUUAUCCACAUGGGGAAAAAACAAAAUGGAAUUUCUGGAGCUGCUAGCCAACAUUUAAUUUGCACUAAAUAUGUGUUCAGGAAAGAUUGUUCUGAAAGAAGCACAUCAUAUCAGAUCUAGGAAAGAAUUUUUAGUUGAUGUACUUUAUAAUUGGAUCAAAAUGGGACAUGAAUAGAAACUAUAAUUCUAUGCAAAAAUAUGAUGGAGCGGAAUGUUAAUUUUAUUCAGCAAUCUAAUGGACAGAGGCAAUAAAAUAGUAUUUUAAAUUAA